AUGAGUUCGUAUUCUGUUGCUUCACACGUAUUAACGUACGCCCUUAAAGCAGAUAAGAAACGUGUAAACUAUAAUAGUGAUAAAAUUGGCCAUCGAGGAUUACAGCAGGAAGAAAAAGGCCCUUACAGCGGGUUCCAGAUGUUGAAGAAAAUAGUGCUAAAAGUGGCCAUUGAAAACGAGAGCAGCAAGAAAAAGGCCCUCAAGCAGGUUGCAGGGGUGGAUUCUGUGGCUGUGGACAUGAAGGAAAAGAAGAUGACUGUGAUAGGGGACGUGGAUCCCGUCCAUUUGAUCUGUAAACUCAGGAAACUUGGCUUUGCAGAUUUGCUGAGCGUGGGUCCUGCGAAAGAGGAUAAAAAGGGGGGUGAAAAGAAAGAGGAGAAGAAACCUCAAGGCAAUGCAAAGAAGGAAAACAAAGCAGAAUCUCCAAAUGUUGUGUAUGUGCCCAUUGGCUACUAUUACAGACCAUAUGAAUACACUGUUGUGAGGGAAGAGUAUCCUAAUACUUGCGUUAUUUGUUGA